AUGGCGGGGACAUAUGUGCUGCUCCUCGUCAGUGUCCUGCUUCAAGGAAGUGAACAGAUGCCGCCUCUCAAACAACCAAACCUCCCGAGACCCCCUCCUGCUGGUACGAGCAGCUCCGGUCUUCUGCUUCCAGCUCCUUUCAUAACUAAUAAAGUCAACCCCUUGUCUAGGCGAAAACCUGUAACAACCAGAGCCACCACCACAACAACGUCCCCAACAACAUCCGCCACCACUUCAACUUCCCCUACAGCUUCCCCUACUACCACUUCAACUACAACCACAAUUAAAAAUCCCCCCACAACUUCCUCGACUACUACAACAUCAGCCACGACGACAACUUCCCCGACUACCACAACAUCCGCCACGACUACAACUUCCCCCACCACUUCCCCGACUACAACAUCCGCCACAACGACAACUUCCCCGACAACUUCCCCGACUACAACAUUCGUUACGACUACAACUUCCCCUACAAAUACUACAACCACCAGGACGACAACUUCCCCGACUACCACAACAUCCGUCACAACUACAACUUCCCCUACAACUUCCCCAACUACCACAACAUCUGCUACUACUACAACCACAACUACAACUUCCCCCACAACUUCCUCGACUACUACAACAUCCGUCACGACUACAACAACUACCCCCACAACUUCCCCGACUACCACAAAAUCCGCUCCGACUACAACUUCCCCCACAACUUCCCCUACUACUACAUCCGUCAGGACUUCAACUUCCCCGACUACUGCAACUUCCCCCACAACUUCCCCGACUACUGCAACAUCCGUCACGACUACAACUUCCCCUACAACUUCCCCUACUACUACAACAUCUGCCACGACUACAAGCUCCCCGACUACCACAACAUCCGCCACGACUACAACCUCCCCGACUACCACAACAUCCGACACGACAACAAAUUCUCCUACUACCACUUCUACUACCACCACGACUACAACUUCGCCUACCACGACGGUAACUCCCAUCAGAUAUCACGAGUGUCCGCCUCACACCAUCAACAUCGACAACAAACAACGUGACGACAAACGAUGGUGGGUCAACAACUACUGCCACUUCUACGGCGCGGUCCAGAGCUUUUCCCACGCGGGCCCCUCCCUACAGUGCAAGGGUGCUAAUUACAACUCAGAAGACGUUUACACGUAUGACGAGUUCGAACGAGGUUUGACUGAGAGCGGUGACGUCGAUGAUGACACUGACGUGGUACUACUACUACACUCUCGACUACACAAUCCACAAGUACAACAGCGAAAACUACGAAUGGUUUGA